AUGGCGAAAGGAGGUUUCCCUUUGCAAAUUCUGAUGCUCACAAAGAACAACUAUGACAAUUGGAGCAUCAAGAUGAAGGUUCUACUAGGAGCUCAAGAUGUGUGGGAUAUCGUUGAGAAAGGCUUCAAGGAGAAAGAUGAAGCCUCGCUAAGCCAAGGUGUAAAGGAGACAUUGAAGGAGUCAAGAAAGAGAGACAAGAAAGCUCUCUUCCUCAUUUAUCAAUCGGUUGAUGAAGAUACAUUUGAGAAGAUCUCCAAUGCAACGACGGUCAAAGAAGCAUGGGACAAACUUCAAACUUGCAACAAAGGAGUGGAACAGGUGAAAAAGAUUCGUCUUCAAACUCUUAAAGGUGAUUUUGAACGUUUAUUUAUGGAAGAGUCUGAGUCAAUUUCUGAUUAUUUUUCUCGAGUAUUGGUCGUAGUCAAUCAACUUAAAAGAAAUGGCGAAGAUGUUGAUGAGGUGAAAGUCAUGGAGAAAAUACUUCGCACUUUAAAUCCAAGUUUUGACUUCAUUGUUACCAACAUUGAAGAAAACAGGGAUUUAAAGAUCAUGACUAUUGAGCAACUCAUGGGUUCCUUACAAGCAUACGAUGAAAAACAAAAGAGAAAAAUUAAACAAAAUGAGGCUAUGGAAAAACUACUACAAAUCAACAUAAAGGAAACAAACUAUGCGAAUUACAAUAGUCAAAGAGGACAAGGUCGUGGCCAAGAUCGUGGGCGAGGAUGA